CUUAAUGAAGCCCAAACCACGAGAUUUCUUCUUUCCACAGCUCCAUCUUCUUCCCCUCUUCUUCCACCGUCGAACUCCUCCACUCCAAACCUACAUACAGUCGCCGCCCUCCCCCUCAAUCGGAGCUCCACAGCCGCCGCCAUCCCCCUCGAUCGGAGCUCCACAGCCGUCACCGUCUCCUCCACUGCUCCGCCACAGCGCCACCAUCUCCUCCUCUGCUCCUCUACAUCACAGUCGUCUCCUCCUCCUCCUCUGCUCCUCCACAGCGCCGCCUCCUCUUCCUCCUUUGCUCCUCCACAUGACCGACCUUCACGUUUGGAGGUAAUUCCAGAUCCAGAUCUUUAAUUUCUCUUUUCUCUCAUCAGAUCUUACCAUUUUGAUAUGUGAAUCGACUUGAGAUGAACUUGGAUUGAGAAGAUCUGAUGGUGUUUGGUGUGAAAGCAACAUGUCGUGCGAUGCAUCAAAACAGCAGCCCCAUUAUCUUGAGCUUCUUACACAAGGGUUUCUCGGAGAUCACCGACGAAGCCGUUGGAAAAUCACUACAUGCUUAUUAUAUAAAGAAUCUCCACCGUCUAAGCACAUUCCAUGCAAAUACAUUGAUAAACAUGUACUCCAAAUUUCGUAAAUUCCAAGCUGCUCGGUAUGUGUUUGAUGAAAUGCCUCAUAGAAACGAAGCUACGUGGAACACCAUGAUAUCCGCUCUCGUUCGAGUUUCUUUAUACCCGGACACAUUUCUGUUGUUCAGUCAAAUGCGUGCCCAAGGAUUUGAAACAAGCGCCUUCGCUAUUGCCAGUUUGUUAACUGGUUGCACUGCUUCUCAGGUUAUGGUACAUCAAGGUUUUCAAAUUCAUGGUUUGAUUUUGAAAAAUGGUUUUUUGGAUAACGUCUAUGCCGGUACCGCCCUUUUAAACUUUUAUGCUGGGUAUGGAUUUCAUUUGUGUGCACGUAGUCUCUUUGACAGGAUGCCCGAAAAGAAUGUGGUAACUUGGACCUCGUUGAUGGUUGGCUACUCGGACCAGGGAGAUUUCAUGGAGGUUAUAAACCUGUUUCGGAAAAUGAGGUCAGAAGAUGUCGAUUGUAACCAGAAUACAUUCACCACUGUGAUUGGCUCGCUAGAAGACGACUCCUUGGGUCGUCAAGUUCUUGGACAUGUUAUAAAGUUUGGAUACGAAAAUGAUCUCUCAGUGGCCAACUCUCUUAUAUCCAUGUUUGGUAAUUUGGGUAGAGUACAAGAAGCCUGCUAUGUUUUCGCUCGUAUGAGUGUGCACGACACCAUCUCAUGGAAUUCCAUGAUUUCUGCGUAUGCACGUAAUAAUUUAUACAAAGACUCCUUCCACUGCUUUAACUUAAUGCGUUGUGUCCAUGAAAACCUGGACUCGAUUACACUUUCUGCACUCUUGUCAGUGUGUGGUUCCAUGGACAAUUUCCUCUGGGGUGCUGCAGUUCAUGGUCUGGUGCACAAGCUUGGAUUUGAUUCAAACUUAUUAAUAUGCAAUACCCUUUUGGGCGUGUAUGCGGAUACUGGAAGACGGAAAGAAAUGAUAAAGCUGUUUGAAGAGAUGCCGGAGAAAGAUUUAAUCUCAUGGAAUUCAUUAAUAGCUGGCCAUGUUCAAGAGGGGGAGGGCCUCGAUGCUUUGAAAGUGUUUAUUAAAAUGCUUCAGAGUGCGAAUCAUGUGACUUUUGCAACUGUCUUAGCUGCUUGUUCAGACCCUGCAGAAGCUGAAAUUCUUCAUGCACUGGUAUUCACAGCCGGCCUUCAAAACAACUUAAUUGUUGGAAACGCGUUGGUUACAAUGUAUGGGAGGCAUAGGAUGAUGUGGAAAGCUGCACGGGUGUUUGAAAGGAUGCCCCGUUGGGACUUGGUGACGUGGAACACUCUCAUUGGAGGAUAUGCCGACUGUGAAGAACCAGACCAUGCAAUCAGAGUGUGUAACUUAAUGAGAAGACAGGAUGAAGCGACCAACUAUAUAACCAUGGUUCAUGUGCUUAGUUCUUGUGCUGCACCGAGCUACCUUCUCAGCCAUGGGAUGCCAUUACACGCGUAUGUGAUUCGUACUGGUUAUGACUCAGAUGAUUAUGUAAAGAAUUCUCUUAUUACAAUGUAUGGAAAGUGUCACGAUCUCGACUCAAGUACAUGUAUAUUUGACGGAUUUGUAAACAAGGAUUAUGUUUCAUGGAACGCAAUGCUUGCUGCAAAUGUUCACAAUGGUCAUGGAGAAGAGGCUUUGAAAAGAUUCUCAGAGAUGAACAAAACCGGUGUACAUUUGGACCAAUUUAGCUACUCUGCAGCUCUUGCUGCUGCAGCUAGCUUAUCUACUCUUGAAGAAGGUCAACAACUUCACGCUUUGACCUUUAAAUUCGGGUUUGACUCGUAUCAGUAUGUUAUGACGCAUAUAACGGAUAUGUAUGGAAAGUGUGGGGAGAUAAAUGAUGUUUUAAAAAUGCUUCCAGAACCAAAUAUAAGACCACGUGUGUUGUGGAACAUACUGAUAUCAGCUUUUGCUAGACAGGGAUCUUUUCAGGAAGCGCGGGAAGCUUUCGAUGAGAUGGUGAAUACAGGAUUGAAGCCCGAUCAUGUGACGUUUGUUUCACUUUUAUCUGCGUGUAGCCAUGGAGGUUUAGUAGACGCAGGUCUUGAAUAUUAUUCUUUAAUGACUAGAAAGUUUGGAGUUGAUGUUGGCAUCGAGCAUUGUGUUUGCGUAAUCGAUCUUCUUGGGAGAUCAGGGAGGCUUUUGGAAGCUGAAAAUUUCAUCAAGAACAUGCCGGUCCCACCAAACGACUUUGUCUGGCGGAGCUUGCUGGCAGCAUGUAGAAUCCAUGGAAAUUCACAGCUUGGAAAACAAGCGGCUGACCAUCUUCUCGAGUCAAAUCCUUCAGAUGAUUCGGCUUUUGUUUUAUACUCAAAUGUCUGCGCAACUACUGGGAAAUGGGAUGCAGUUCAUGAUCUAAGGGUGGAAAUGGAAUCUAGUAAUGUUAAGAAAAAACCCGCAUGCAGUUGGAUCAAAAUAAAGCGAAAGAUUACAUCUUUCGCGAUAGGGGAUAAAUCCCACUAUCAGAGUGAUGAGAUCUAUGGUAAGUUGAAUGAACUGAAGAAGAUGAUCAAAGAGGCUGGUUAUGUUCCUGAUACAAGUUUUGCAUUGCAAGACAUUGAUGAAGAACAGAAGGAGGAUCAUUUAUGGAAGCAUAGUGAGAGAUUGGCACUUGCAUAUGGAUUGAUCCACACGCCCCAAGGUUCAGAUUUGCAGAUAUUUAAGAACCUUCGGGUUUGUGGCGAUUGUCAUUCUGUUUUCAAGUUUAUAAGCGAGAUCGAAAGGCGAAGAAUUAUUUUGAGAGAUCCUUUUAGGUAUCAUCAUUUUAGUAGUGAUGGCAAGUGUUCUUGUGGUGACUAUUGGUAGUUAAUAGUAGCAUGUGGCUGGUUAGCAUAGAUGUUUGCUACUCGAGCUGAGUAACUGGUUCGUAUAAAUGAGUGUCUUUCCUAGUAUAUGGGUUUUGAGAUUGUUAA